AUGAGUUUCAUCUUCGGCAAGCGAAAAACUCCCGCAGAGCUUCUGCGAGAGAACAAGCGGAUGCUGGACAAGUCGAUUCGCGAGAUUGAGAGGGAAAGGCAAGGUCUACAAACCCAAGAAAAGAAACUGAUUGCAGAGAUCAAGAAAAACGCCAAGCAGGGGCAAAUGGGUGCUGUCAAAAUAAUGGCCAAGGACCUUAUUCGUACGAGACAUCAGAUCGAAAAGUUCUAUAAGCUCAAGUCACAGCUCCAGGGUGUAUCUCUUAGAAUUCAGACGUUGAAAUCAACACAAGCAAUGGGAGAAGCCAUGAAAGGCGUGACAAAGGCUAUGGGCCAGAUGAAUAAGCAGAUGAACUUGCCAGCCCUACAAAAAAUUAUGAUGGAAUUCGAGAAACAGAACGAGAGGAUGGAGAUGGUGAGCGAGGUAAUGGGAGAUGCAAUGGACGACGCAUUGGGAGACGACGACGAGGAAGAGGAAACAGAAGAGCUAGUGAGCCAGGUUCUUGAUGAGAUCGGGAUCAACGUCAAUCAGGAGCUGGUGAAUGCGCCGUCUUCGGCUGUAGCUGCACCAGCAGCAAAGGGUAAGGUUGCACAGGUAGAAUCAGCAGCAGAGGGUGAAGACAGUGGGAUAGAUAGUGACCUACAGGCUAGGUUAGACAACUUAAGGAAGAUGUAA